AUGGAGGUGAUUGAAUCAGUUGCAGAAGAAGAAGAAACUUUCAUUGCUGAAAGUGGUAUGCGAUGUCACAUUUUGCUUUCUAUUCGAGUUUCCAUUCGUUCCCGAACCUCCCUUCGCUCGCGUUUUAGUGUUAGCCGCAGACUAGAAUUUUGUUCGCUUAAGUUUCAUUCUUUCGGCUUUCUUCAACUAGAAAAUUUUGGACGGAGAGAAUGUGUACUGAAGGCUGACGUAGGGCGAUUCGACGGGAAAUCUUUCCGUUUUGAUUUUUCUAUUUUGAAUAGGCAGAAAAUUGCAGAGAUCACAUCAUUCACUCUGGAUUCACCGGCUGGACCACAGAAAUAUUCGAAAUUUGAUAGUAGUCCUGAGCCAGGCGGAACAGAUGAACAAACUCCGGAACACAGUCCAGGUGCUGAUGUCUCAUUUUUAUGCCUUAUUGCUUCCUAUUUUCGCAAUUACCUAUUUAUUAUGCAUGUAAGGUUUUUUUCCUUGCUUUCUUGCUUUAUUGGGCAUUUUAUAGCAUUCAUGGGCUGUCGUAAUGUUGUUGAAUUCGAUUGUGUUAACAGAGUAGAGGAAGGAACCUUCGGAGUGGUCUAUCGUGCUAAGAACAAGCGCACAGAUGAGAUUGUUGCUCUUAAGCGACUGAAAAUUGAGAAAGAACGAGAAGGAUUCCCUAUCACUGCUCUUCGUGAAAUCAAUAUGCUUCUAAAAGCCGGCAAACAUGAGAACAUAGUUAAUGUUCAGGAGAUUCUGAUAGGGAGUAAUGCCGAUAAAAUAUACCUAGCCAUGGAAUUUGUGGAGCAUGACAUGAAAAAUCUCAUGGAUACUAUGCAUAAGCGCGGAAAGCGCUUCUCAUUUGGUGAACAAAAAACAUUGAUGAGGCAGUUGUUAUCUGGACUAAAGCACCUUCAUGAUAAUUGGAUCUUACAUCGUGAUUUGAAAACUUCUAAUUUGUUAUUUUCUCAUAAAGGCAUUUUGAAGAUUGCUGAUUUCGGUCUUGCCAGAGAAUACGGCGAUCCUCUUAGGCCAUACACAGCUGUUGUAGUAACGUUAUGGUAUCGCGCACCUGAAUUGCUUCUUGGUCAGAAGCUCUACUCUACUCCCAUCGAUCUGUGGUCAGUUGGCUGUAUAAUGGGAGAGUUCGUCCUUCUGAAGCCGCUUUUUCCUGGAAACGGUGAAUUGGAUGAAAUCAACAAAAUAUUUACGGAACUUGGAACUCCGUCUGAUAGCAUUUGGGAAGGUUACAGUGAACUCCCUGGACCAAAAAUGAUGAAACUCGGCAACUAUCCUUACAACCAGUUACGAAAGAAGUUUCCUGCGUUGGUGAUGAACGAAAGCGGAUUCAAGUUGUUGAAUAGGUUUCUGACGUAUGACCCUAAGCGACGCAUUACUGCGGAAGAAGCUCUCAAUGAUAAAUGGUUCACCGAAGAUCCGAAACCAACGCCACCGGAAAUGUUCCCUACGUUCCCAGCAAAAAGUGAGCAACAUCGGGCUCCUCCACCAAAAGCUGAUAAGGCCAACAAAAAAAAUCCGGAGCGCGCAAAACUGCUCGCUGAUCUCAAGGUGCGACCGGAUCAAGUGACAUCUGGCUCGUUCUCAUUGAAGUUUGAUAAAACAAGAUUUUGA